GUUCUGUGUUUGUGUAUGGGUUAUCGAUAGAAAACGUUACACUAUGUACAGUUAUUUACUGUAUGUCUAAAUUAAACAAACAAUGAUAUGCAAACUGAUUUUUAGACCAACCGUGACAUAUUCAAACCACAGCAAUGUUCAGAAGCACAGAAUCUCACAAGAGAAAACACUUCUCAAUAUCUGCAGAGGAGGAGUUGUGCCACCUACGUAGCCUACCAAAAGAGGCCUUCUUCUAUACCCAGCAGCGACAGUAUGGCCUGGGGAAACGUGUGCCACAAAGCAUCUUCUCUGACUACUUGGCAGAACAGAUACCGUGCUUACUCCAAGAGAGAGAAUACAAACUUGGUUCAAUUAACAAGAUAUUUGCAGCCAAGUGGUUGAGUGACAAGCAGGUUGUCUUUGGCACAAAGUGCAACCAGGUUCGUUUGCUGGGACACAAAGACUGGGUGUUUGAUCUGGUAUGGAUUGACGAUGAGUUUGUGUUGUCAGGAUCUCGAGACAACAAUCUCGCCCUGUGGAAGAUUGAUAACUGUGAUGAUGAUCGAUCUUCUCACAUCAACAACCUGUUCAUUCCGGAGUACAGUGUCAAACACCCUGUCACAGUGCAGCAUUGUCAGAAGGCGGAGAAAGUCAGAGCUCUUGCGUUUCACAAGGAACGGAAGGAACUGGCUGCCUUGUCUCUAAAUGGCUACUUUCACCUGUGGGAUAUCGAAACUUUCACACAGAUGCCAAGCAAGAACUUACUGGACAUCACAGAAAGCGUAUGUUUGUGUGUCAACCAGAAGAAGGUGCUGUAUGCUGUGGGCUGCCACUCCUCCGUGCUGCUGGUGGAUCCCCGCAGUGACUGCAACAUCACACCCAUAUCCAAACAUCCAGGCAGAGGUAUUCGAUCUGUCAGUUUCAAUGAGGACAUUUUGACCAUAGGCACAGGGUAUGGUAUGGUCCUAUUCUAUGAUCUACGGGCAUGCAAGUACAUCCAGCACAACUGUGGCCAUGCCUGUUACCUGAGUGUGGGCUCCGGCUGGCUGAAACCAGAAGAGGAUGACCGCUUCUUUUUGUCGAACCCAGGCUUCCCAAAUGCAGUGUAUACCCAUGCUUAUGACUCAAGUGGCACACGUUUGUUUGCCGCAGGGGGACCUCUGUCGUCAGUGUCAUGGGGUAACUAUGCUGGACUGUGGUACUGACGACUGAACCUGGGAACAGAAAUAUUUGGUAGAUCAUCUGUGUUUCAUGGAGAACUAUGUCUGUUUGUAGGACUGAGGACAAUGGACACUAUUUGGAACAGCUCUGUGUCAUGGCAUUAGUAUGUCUGUGUGUAGGACUGAGGACAGUGGACACUAUAUGGAACAGCUCUAGGUCAUGGCUCUGUGUGCAUGGUGUGUAGGUAUACCUCUGUGUGCAUGGUGUGUGUAGGCAUUCCCCUGUGUGCAUGGUGUGUGUAGGUAUUCCUCUGUGUGCAUGGUGUGUGUAGGUAUAACUCUGUGUGCAUGGUGUAUCAACAUGUUGUAGCAGCAUAGUGUUUAUCAUCAUGGUAUAUAUCAGCAAGGUGUACCAUGAUAACUCUUGUGAUGGGGUUUCGUCCUUGUCUUUAUAAGACUGUAGGAACUGCAUGUGUUAUUGAGCAAAUGUUCAGAAUUGUAAGAGGUAAAUUGUCUUUUACAUGAGAGACCACACUUGUAGUAGUUACAAAGACUUCAUCCAUGCAUACUGUAUUAUGAUUGUAAGGCACUGACAGAAGACACAUGUAACAAAUUAACUUUUGUUUUAUGAGACAAGAGCAGAUUUGUCUGUGGGCUUGGUAUAGAAACAAUGUAUGUGGAAGAAGUUAAAAGACUUACCUGUAUAGGUUUAAAAGAAGGUGACAAGCCAUUCACAUAGGAGUAUUGCAUUCAGGCAUGUGAUGCUAAUGUUCCUUACAAUGGCUUGCAUGCAUGAAGAAGGGAUUAGCAUAUUUUGUUUGUCAUAUGUCUUGUUAUAUAUUGUUUUCUGAAACAAUGUGGUGAGUUACACAGACAUGCCUUUCAUAAGGGAUAUUCAGGGAGGUCUUGUGUGUGCACUCUUUAUACACAACACUAGGGUUUGUUUCCUAGGUAAGGUAUAUGAAGCCAAACUUUUUGUCCAUAUCUUCUUUAAGUGGCAUUUAGUCCAUAGUUAGAAAUGAAUCUGCAGGCUGGAAUUUGUGUUAGCUCUCUGAAACCUUUGUCCACUAUUGGGAUAGGCUGCAGUGUUGCUAGAAU